GAUCCUCUGUAAGGCGUGAUUCCUUCCUUCUGAUGUUUUAUUUCGCAUAUCUGUUUCGAUCUACGAUUUUUUCUUCAAAACCUCCCUUUUUGUAUUCAAUUUCCUGUAUAUUUCUUCCAUCCGGUGUUUUUUUUAUAUGCUGUUUCAACUGCCUAAGAUUUCGCCUCAAAAUUUGAUAUUGGAAGUUUAGUAUCACUUGAGGUGUCUUUCGUAUCUCUUUAUCGAUACAUGUUUGUUCCUACCCUGUAAAGUUUGCAUAUUUCAAGUGAACUGGAGGCUAGGUUUCUGAUUGUUGUUGAAAGAGCGGAAAGUUCAGUACACGAAUGGCAGAUCUGGAUCAGUCAGUUUCUCUUGAAGAAUUUCCCAUUCAUUUGAUUUUGGAGAUUUUGACUUCGGGUCGGUUGAGCGCGGUUGAUCUUGCCUGUUUGGAGCAGACUUGUCGGAUUUUUAGAGAGAGUCAUGGUAUUUCCCCCCUUGAGUUCGGAUCUUUUGUUGAGUUUGCUGCUUUCCAGCUAUGUAGCUCCGAUCCCAUAUUUGGUUAUCUACCUUCAAAUGCUCGGAAAGAACUUUUUCAUCGCUGCGGUGGGAAUUGGAAGCGUGUGCUGAGGUUCUUGCAGUCCGUGGGACAGUCUUCCGACAUGGUGGAAACUGCAGCAGGCAAUAUGCAGAUUACCACAGGACGAUACCACACACUGUUGGUCAGUGACUCAUCAGUAUACUGUUGUGGGUCCAAUCUAUGUGGAGUUCUUGGUCAAGGUCCUGAUACAACACAAUGUGUGGCAUUUAGCAGGAUCACUUUCCCAUCUUCGUCGCAAGUAAUCCAUGUAUCAGCCUCCCACAAUCAUGCAGCUUUUGUUAUGCAGUCUGGAGAGGUCUUCACAUGUGGAGACAAUUCAUCAUUUUGUUGUGGUCAUGGAGAAGCCGGAUGUUCCAUCUUUAGGCCCAGGCUUGUUGAAGCAAUGAAAGGAGUUCCAUGCAAGCAGGUCGCCACAGGACUUAGUUUUACUGUGUUUCUCACCAGGAAAGGCCAUGUAUAUACUUGUGGGAUCAACAUCCAUGGCCAGCUUGGUCAUGGUGACACUCUAGAUAGGCCCACACCCAAAAUUGUUGAGUUGCUUGAGGGCAUCGGUUGUGUAAUUCAGAUAGCUGCUGGUCCAAGUUACACUCUAGCUGUUACUAGUGAUGGAACCGUCUACUCAUUCGGGGCUGGCUCUAAUUUCUGUCUUGGUCAUGGAGAACAACGUAAUGAGCUCCAACCACGUGCAAUCCAAUCAUUCAAGAGGAAGGGUAUUCAUGUAGUCCGUGUCUCUGCCGGGGAUGAACAUGUGGUGGCACUUGAUUCCAGUGGCCUUGUAUACACAUGGGGCAAAGGUUAUUGUGGUGCAUUGGGUCAUGGAGAUGAGAUUGACAAGACAACUCCAGAACUGUUGAGUAAUCUCAAGGACUACCUUGCUAUACAGGUCUGUGCGAGAAAGAGGAAAUCCUUUGUUCUUGUGGACAAUGGCUCUGUUUUUGGUUUUGGGUGGAUGGGCUUUGGGAGCUUAGGAUUUGCUGACAGAGGGAUCUCUGAUAAAGUUAUGAAGCCCCGAGUCCUUGAUAGCUUAAAAGCCCACCACAUUUCUCAAAUUAGCACGGGGCUAUACCAUACUGUUUUGAUCACCCGCAGGGGCCUCAUUUUUGGCUUUGGGGACAACGAAAGGGCACAACUUGGUCACGAUUCAUUGAGAGGAUGCCUCGAACCAACUGAGAUCAUUGUCCAGGAGACACAGGUAGCCCUUGUUGCAGAAAGCAUUUGAAGCAUGACUAGCAACCUUUACGGCACAAAGAUUUGUAGUUAGUAGUUCAUAAUGAGCUGCAGUUCACUUAGCAUCUCAGGGGUAAGCUUCAGAUAAAGUUCCUAAAAUCUGUAAUAUUCAAUCCAGUGAUGAACCAUGCGAAAUGGUGUUGGUAUCAUGUAAACAAAAAACGUAGGAUAUGGGAUU